AUGCUGUCCGCCGCCAUUCAGAUCCUGGCAUUCGCCCUGGCGCUCCUGGGCGUCCUCGGCACCACCGUGGCCACUCUGCUCCCCAACUGGAAGGUGAGCGUGAACGUGUGGUCCAGCAUCAUGACCCCCAUCUCGCAGAUGCAGGGGCUGUGGAUGGACUGCGUCUGGUACAGCUCCGGCGUCUUCAGCUGCACCAUGAAGAACUCUGUGCUGACGCUGCCUCGGUAUCUGCAGACCAUGCGGGCCGCCAUGGUUCUGUCCUGCAUGGUGGCGUCGUUCGGACUCUGCCUCGCCUCCCUGGGGCUCAAAUGUACCCGCUGGGGGGGCAGCCACCGAGCGAAGGGGCACACGGCCAUCGCCGCGGGGGGGUGCUUCGUCCUUGCCAGCUUCCUCUGCCUGGUUCCAGCGUCCUGGUUCACCAACGAGGUCAUCACCACCUUCCUGACCACGGACCUGCCGGACAGCAGUAAAUAUCAGCCCGGGGGAGCUCUGUGCGUCACCUUUAUCUCCGCCGGCUUCCUGCUGGCUGGAGGGGUCAUUUUCUGUUUGUCGUGUCCCGGAAAGAGAUCACGACGACCGGACUACGCUACCUCCUCCGACCCCGACAGACACGUGCUGCACCGAGAUGAUCGGCGGAGGCGGGAGCUGCAGCCGGAAACAAACAGGAAAAACAAGACGGUUGAGCUGCAGAUGGACAACGUGAAGCAGCAGACGCCUCCUCAGGAGAAGAAGGUUUACUCGUCUCCCUCCAAACUCCCUCCAAAAGACAUCAGGGACAGCUACAGCCUGCAGGAGUAUGUGUAGUCCUCGCAGCUCAGCGGACAUGUGGAGUCUAAAGCUGGCUCAUAGUAAGGGGGAGGUGCGUUAGAGGGGGAGUAAUUACCAAAUGUUGAAAUGACAGAUUGUGGAUUCAGCCGGAUGAACUUCUCCGUACCAAAGGUCUGAAACACGAAGAGAUGAAGCUGCUCGUCUUUGUGACACCAGCACGUGGAGCGCACCGAGGAUCUGUGUGACCUGGAACACACGUUAGCUCGUCAACAUACGACUUUAUGAUCUUUCACUUCACAAAAAGUCUUGAAGAAUAUCUGUAAUUAUUUAAAUCUGACACUUUCCAGCAGAAGUUUAGACUUCACCUAAAAAUAAAAUAUAUAUUAAUAUAAAUUAUAAUAUAAUAAACACAAAACUUACACAAU